UAAGUAACAAGACCCGACUCGUAAACUCGGAGCCUCCACACUACCCCUCCUCUCUCUCUCUCUGAAACCGUCUGCAGAAGUCUCCAAUGGCCACCGUUCCAGGGCAGUUGAUCUGGGAGAUCGUCAAGAAGAACAACUCCUUCUUGGUCAAGCAGUUCGGCCGGAGCCACGCCGGCGUCCGCUUCAGCAAGGAGCCUAACAACCUCUGCAAUCUCCACUCCUACAAGCAUUCCGGUUUGGCGAACAAGAAGACCGUGAGCAUUCAGGCCGGUGGGAAGGACCAGUCGGUGGUGCUCGCCACCACUAAGACCAGGAAGCAGAACAAGCCUGCUAGUCUGGUUCACAAGUCUGUGAUGAGGAAGGAGUUCGCUCGCAUGGCCAAGGCUGUUACCAACCAGGUGGUUGAUAACUUCUACAGACCUGACUUGAAGAAAGCAGCCCUUGCUAGGCUCAGUGUAGUACACAGGAGUCUCAAGGUGUCAAAAUCUGGUGCCAAGAAGAGGAAUAGACAGGGUGUUAGAAUGUACGGAAGGCAGUGAUAUACUGUUUCGAAUCUUGAGUUUCCUUAUCUCUGGUUUGAAAAGAUGAGAAAUGUCCAAACUUUGCCGAAUAUUUUGCUUAAGUUCGAAUAUUAGUGCUCAGAAAUGUUUUGAUUUGGAUUUUGAA